CAGAGUAGUUCUAGUAGUAAUUGACGUUGGCGCUUAUACUGACUUUUGUUAAUCAUUCAAUAGUGAAAGUAAUUUUUUUACAAUUAUUCACUCCUGCAAUUUAUAAAAUUUUUAAAAUGAAAGCUAUUAUUCAACGUGUUUCUAAAGCAAGUGUUUCGGUUAAUGGAGAAAUUAUUAGCAGUAUUGAAAAUGGCUUGUGUGUUCUGAUUGGUAUAAAAAGAGACGACACACUAAAUGAUAUGGAAUACAUAGUUAAAAAAAUAUUAAAUACAAAAGUUUUUGAAAGUGACGAUGGAAAAAAGUGGGCGGCAAGUGUAAAAGAAAAGAAAUAUGAAAUACUUUGUAUAAGUCAAUUUACACUUUAUCAUAUUUUAAAAGGUAAUCGACUUGAUUUUCAUAGAGCAAUGCAUGCUCACGAAGCAGAGAUUUUUUACAAUAAAUUUCUUACUCAACUUAGUGAAGAUUAUGAUUCAGAAAAAAUAAAAGAUGGUAAAUUUGGUGCAAUGAUGGAAGUUAAUAUUCAAAAUUCUGGACCAGUAACUUUGGAAAUAGAAUCUUCAGUUCUCUCGGAUUGAAAAAAAAAAUAAAUUUAAACAUAUAUUUUUGUUAAAAUAUUGCAUGCUGCUGGUAAUUAUAGUUUUUUCACAUGUUUAUAUU